AUGCUCCGUUUGAUGAUGAUUUCUGGUGUGAUCCUUAGGAGAGUCAGAUCUGUGUGAGCAGGUACACAAGCUGCAGUGAAGCACUCAGCCUAUUGGGAUCAAGGGUACUUUCAAAUGUCACUUUUGCAAAUGAUCUUCUAGAAAUGGCAGGGGCAAUCAUAGAGAACAUGAGCACUAAGAAAUUGGUUUUCUUGGGUUUUUUUAUUUUUGUUCUCCAAGUUAUUUCCAUCAUGAUUGGAGCCUUAAUCGCUCCCAGUCCCACCAGCGCCAUCCGCUACUUGGCCACCAAAUGUAUAAAUCGCCACAGGGCACGUGGCUGGCUCGUGCCGUGGGGAUCAAAUCGGUGCCAGCAGGUCCACAGUUUUGACGAGCCUUUGGCAAAAACGCUGGAUGCCAACGACAUUGUUUUUGCUGUACAUGUACCUCUUCCCAACAUGGAGAUGAGCCCCUGGUUUCAGUAUAUGCUGGCUGUUCUACAGUUAGACAUUGCCUUCAAAAUGAUCAAUCAGAUUGAAGAAGACGUUAUCAUCACUAUUGAUGCUGGCAUCGCAUACAGGGAUGAUUUGAUGUCUGAGUGGACCACAAAGUUUCACUCAGUGGAACAUAGGCCACUCAGGUGCAUAAUUGGAGUCCCUAAGACAUAUGAAAAUGAAGGACACUUUUAUCACUGUGACCCCAUACCAUUCAUGGAACUGGGUACUGUUGCCCACAAAUAUUUUUUAAUUAACCUGCGCUUGCCAGUGAAUGACACAGUGAAUGUUGGCAUUGGAGAAAUAAAGGACAUCCAUUUAGUGGGCAUCCACCAGAAUGGAGGCUUUACUAAAGUGUGGCUCAGCAUCAAGACUGUGUUCAGUCCCUGGAUAUUUGUGGCGACAGCUUGGUACUGGAACAGAAUCAGCCUGAUGGCGAGACCUCCAGUCCUUUUGGAAAAGGUGAUUUUUGCUCUGGGUAUCUCUAUGACAUUCCUGAAUGUACCAGUGGAGUGGCUCUCCCUGGGCUUUGAGUGGACAUGGAUGCUGCUGUUUGAGGACAUCCGACAGGGCAUCUUCUACUCCACACUCUUCUCUUUCUGGAUCAUCUUCUGUGGUGAACACCUCAUGGACCAAAGUCAGAGGAAUCGUCUCUCGGCGUACUGGUGGCAGUUUGGGCUCGUGGUGUUCGGCUCAUCGAUUCUCCUCAUAUUUGACCUGAGUGAACGGGGGGUUCAUUUGACCAACCCUUUCUACAGUGUGUGGGCAUCAGAAAUUGGGACAAAGGUUUCAAUUACCUUCAUUAUUGUAGCAGGGAUCUCUGUUUGUCUGUAUUUCCUUUCCCUGUGUUGCAUGGUGUGUUGUGUAUUCAGGAACAUUGGUGGGAAAAUACAGCAGCUUCCUGCAAUGCCAGAGGCUAGGAGACUGCGCUAUAAGGGUAUAAUCUUCAGGUUCAAGUUUUUGAUGCUGGUAUCUCUAGCAUGUGCAGCCAUGACUGUCAUCUUCUUCAUCCUAAAUCAAGUCAGUGAAGGUCACUGGCACUGGGGAAACUACACUCUCCAGGUCCACAGUGCCUUUCUCACAGGGAUCUACGGCAUGUGGAAUCUCUAUGUUUUCACCAUUAUCUUCCUCUAUGCACCCUCCCACAAGCACAACAGAAACAAGUCAGAAGACAGUCAACAUACAGAUAUAAUGGAGAAGCCAGAAAGCCAAGAGACGCAGCUAACAUGCGGAGAGCAGGGGCCAACAAAGACCUACAGGAUCACUGGGAAGGUGGCUGAGGAAUAA